CCCCCCGCCAGUACAGGCCGCCAGAUGACUCCUCCUGUCCAUCCUCCUCGCCCAUCUUGAUGCUGGCUCAGCAAUCGCAUCCCUCCCACUUGACGACCAUCACGACCUCCUCUGCACCAUGAUUCAACCGCUGCUCAGCGUCGUUGUCCCUCUACUCGAGGACACCAUUCCGUCCCCGCCGCCCGACCGGCCUCGCCCGCCGCCGGAAUGGAAGCGCAUACGCAAAGCUCGCCGCCACGCUGCCAUGCGCUACUACUGCGAGCUCUUCCUCGUCACAGCAUACACGGCGGGGACGUUUGCGCUGUCCAUCUUUGGCUCCUACUUCGCCGGCGUGCUCGACUACGCCAAUCCCACGGGCAUGGUGGCGGUUGCGCAGCUCCCACUCAUCGUCGGGCUUGUCGGCCGCAACAACGUCCUCUCCAUGCUCACAGGCGCCUCGUACGACCAUAUCAACUAUCUCCACCGCACCUCGGGCCGGGUCUGCUUCUUCGGCGCACUCGCACAUACCUUCGGAUGGUGGCUUGACAGAGGUCUCGGAAGACAUGCGUGGACGUGGCGAAUUUACACCGCCAUUCCGGCCAUGGCAGGCCUGACUGCGCUCACCUUGUUCUCCUUCAGAAUUAUCCGCAACCGGUACCACCAGCUUUUCCGCGACGUGCACAUCAUCGCCGCCCUCAUGUUCCUUAUCAUGACCUACUUCCACACGCCAGAGUACCGAGUCUGGGUAUGGCCCGCCCUCCUCCUCUGGUCUUUGGACCGCGCAGUCGGCCUCGCCCGCAUGCUGUACGUAUAUGUCCGCAGCCGUGGGUCACCCACCGCCACCGUCGAGCUUCUCGACGCCGAUGUCCUGCGCGUCUCCGUUCCCGUCCCAUUUAAAUGGAAGGCUGGCACGCAUGCAUACCUCAGCGUUCCGGGCGUCUCCACCAUUCCCUGGGAACAACAUCCGUUCACGUUCGCCAACAUCCCCUCACCUACGCCGGGGCCGUCGCCCGCCGUCUUCCUCAUGCGCGUGCACGGCGGCUUCACGCACCAGCUGCGCAACGCGCUUGACUCGACGAUCUCGCAGUUCCCCGCCACCGUCGAGGGGCCGUACGGCGAACCCGUCGAUGUGCGGCACUACGACUCGCUGCUGUGCAUCGCCGGUGGCUCGGGGAUAACGCUGUGUCUCUCGCACUUCCUCGACGCGCUCGCGCAAGCCGACCGGGGGCGGGCGCCCACGUCCCUCCGCUUGGCGUGGAACACGCGCAAACUGGCGCACGUGCGCACCAUUGCCCCGCUGCUCGAGACCGCGCUGGAGAACAUCGCGAACCCGGACGUGCGCAUCCGCAUCGACAUCCACGUCACGCGCUCGCACGCGUCCGACGAGCCCACGGACCCCAACGUCGGCUUCGACUCGACGCUCCCGUUCGAAGCCAAGCCCGGCGAGGCGUCGCCGCUGCUCGAGCACCUCCGCCACCUCCGCGGCGGCAGCCAGAGCAGCUACGGCAGCUCGCGCGCCUCCGUCUCCAGCGACGGCGACGAGCCCCGGCUCUCCGAGGACGAGCUCUUCCGCUCCGGCCUCGGGCCAGCCGCCGCGGCAUACGCCCAUGUCCACUUCGGGCGGAGUCUCGUGACGGAGAUGAUCCGGGCUGAGGUGAGCGAGAUACAGGGCGGGGGGCGGCUGGGCGUCAUCGUGUGCGGCCCGCCUACACUCACCCUUGAUGCGCGGUGCGGCGUGAACACUGUGAUGCCUGAGGCGGGCGCGGAAAUAAACUUCCACAGCGGCAGCUUCUGCUUCUGAUGACACGGGCUUAGAUGGGAUACAGUGUAGCUACAUGUAUUGAUUGUUGACACCG